AUGAUGGGCUCGGUGCUCCCUGCGGAAGCCCUGGUGCUGAAGGGUGGGUUGAACAAGCCCACCUUGUCCUUGGCUGAGAUGAUCACCUCUGAUAUCCUACACAGCUUCCUCUAUGGGCGCUGGAGGAACGUCCUUGGUGAGCAACUUUUUGAAGAGAAGAACAACCACAGCAGUCCAAAAACUGCCUUCACAGCUGAGGUCCUGGCACAGUCCUUCUCUGGAGAGGUGCAGAAGCUUUCCAGCCUGGUCCUGCCUUCAGAAGUCAUCAUUGCUCAGAGCUCCAUCCCAGGUGAGGGACUUGGCAUCUUCUCCAAGACUUGGAUUAAGGCCGGGACUGAGAUGGGGCCGUUCACUGGCAGAGUCAUCUCUCCGGAGCAUGUGGACCUGUGCAAGAACAACAACCUGAUGUGGGAGGUGUUCAAUGAAGAUAGCACAGUGCGUUAUUUUAUUGAUGCCAGCCAAGAAGACCACCGUAGCUGGAUGACUUAUAUCAAGUGUGCCCGCAAUGAGCAAGAACAGAACUUGGAGGUGGUACAGAUUGGCAAUAGCAUCUUCUACAAGGCGAUAGAGACAAUCCCUCCAGACCAAGAACUUUUGGUAUGGUAUAGCAACUCACAAAACAGCUUCCUUGGCAUUCCCGGAGUCCCUGGAAUCGAAGAGGAACAAAAAAAAAAAGUAAGCAUGAUGAUUUUGGUGGCAUUGAUACUGCUGGACCAACCCUGAGUGGUCGAAUGCGCUGCGUCAUCUGUCACCGAGGCUUCAACUCGCGCAGCAAUUUACGCUCACACAUGAGAAUCCACACACUGGACAAACCCUUCGUAUGCCGUUUUUGCAACCGCCGCUUCAGCCAAUCUUCCACCUUACGCAACCAUGUCCGACUGCACACCGGGGAGCGCCCUUACAAAUGCCAAGUCUGCCAAAGCGCCUACUCACAGCUAGCUGGCCUGAGAGCCCACCAGAAGAGUGCAAGGCAUCGUCCACCAAACGGCUCCUUGCAGGUUCAUUCUCCAACCCUGCCAGUGCCACACCCAGCCUCUCUUGCCCACCACAUCCCCACUAUGGUCUUGUGA